CCAAAGACGCGCCCACAGGCGCGUUUGUCGCAGCACCACGGCUCCACUGAUAGUUGGUGGAAUGGGACAGAAACCCAGAGACCAGCACCAGCAACACCGAUCCACGCAUGCCGAUGGGGCUGCGACUUCGAUUCCAAAUACCGUCUCACUGGUUUUUGAAAAUACUAAAUAAUAUCUCUCCAGUCGUUGGCACCCUUCAACAACAAUGACCGCGAGGGACUCCCGGAAGAGCGUGGGACUGGGAGGUGCUGCCCCACCGGAGCCCUCUCUUCCCCCCAAGUUUACCAACAUCAGGGCCAUCUUGGAUGAGGAUGUACCUGUAGGGAGCUUUGUCAAUGUCAUCGGGGUGGUAAAGGAUUGCCGCCUCCCCAUGCCAACAAGUCGCACCGACUAUAAAUCUACCAUCACCCUGUAUGACCUCUCCAUUGAUGAUGAGAGUUACGGUCUCAACCUUGUUAUUUUCCGUCCAGAGGCCUACAUGCCCCAAGUCACCGUCGGUGAUGUUAUCCUCGUGACCUCUGCAAAGGUGCAGAAGUACCAGGCCAACCCCCUUUCCCUCAUUACCAACCACGUAACUUCAAUCCGCGUAUACAAGGCCUCCAAGAUCCCGGAUCCCCCCCAAUCCGCCAAAAUCGCCCUGGAACCGGCACAAAAGGGAGAUGGCCAUGUGCCCAACCCCGAGGAGACUGCUUAUGUCUCGCACAUAUAUCACAAGAUUGACAAGUAUUCUCUCCCCGAGGAGACUGAGUUUCAGGCCAGAGCUGUACAAUCUCUCAAUAUCAAACGGAAGUUCAGCUUGCUCAGGGAUGUGGAAGAGGGCAAGUUCUACGACUUGGUCGUACAAGUGGCUAGGGAGCCCUACGCCGGCUUCGAUCUGGUCACCCUGUACGUCUCAGAUUACACCGAGAACCCACACUUCCACCCGCGUGUAUGGGAAGGUCUAUCAGAACCGACAUCGGGCUAUGGUGAUCCGUACGGGUACACCACGGGCGGCGGCGAUAUGCCCCGCGAAGAUUGGGUUGGGCCGUACGGGAAAAGGUCUCUUCAACUCACCUGCUUCGAGCCUCACUCUAGUUACAUCCGUGACGAAGUAAAAGCCGGCCAGUGGGUCAUGUUGCGCAACGUCCAGAUCAAGCAUGGCAAAAACGGCCAGUUUCUUGAAGGCUUCAUGCGCGGGGAGCGCAAUGCUUCUAGCACAACAAUAAAUGUGCAUGUCCUCGAGACUAGAGACGCUGACACAAUAGAUCCAACCUUGAAGGAGGCGCUCCGCCGAUGCCGCGACUACCAAAAGAAGAAAAAACGGCAAAUUAAGGAGGUCAAAUCGGCCCAAGCGGCAGGGCUGAAGCGAAAAGCUUCCUCUUCGUCAGGACAAGAAACCCGCCUCCCCAAUGGGAAAGACCGCCGUAAGGCCCUCCGAGCGGUAAAAAAUCAGGAGGAGGAUGAAACCCCGAACAAACGGGGAUUGCGACCCGAUCUCAACCGCCAUAUUACCUGCGAAACCCACGACGCACCCUCCGCUACUAUCGAAUCCAUCCUCCAGCCGACAGUACAUGAGGUGACCAGCAAGAAUCAAGCCACCGCCCUAGUGCUACCCUUCAUUUGCGGCAAAUCCCGAGCUUCCGCUCGCGUAAUCGACUUUUUCCCGCCCUCGCUCGAAGACUUUGCCUGCGGCCGGAGACGAACGGAGUACGAUGUGCUCUCCGACAACGAGGAAGACAGCGAGGAUCCUUCGUCGUCACACGACGAGGAUACCUCUAGCAGCCAGCUAAUCUGGGAAUGGCGCUUCGCCUUACACCUCGAAGACGCAGCCCUUCCUAGCGACGCAAAGGGGUCCGGGCCACGCUCUCGCCUGUGGGUCUUGGUUGACAACCCCGAGGCGCAGUGCCUAACUGGUCUUAAUGCGGCCGACCUGCGCCAGGACCCAGACACGCUCAACAAGCUACGCGAGCGCAUGUUUAUGCUGUGGGGAAAUUUGGAGGAGGUCAAGUCCCUGGCUGCGGAGAGGAAACCAACGGAAGAAAGGACGGAAGAUGGCAAGCAACGCCGUCCCGGAAAGUCCCAACCGCCGCUCCCAAAGCCGCGGUUGCAGAGCUCCCCGGCUGAAGACGAGCGCGAGGGUAAUGAAGAGACAGUCUCGAACAGCCCCUUUUCCUGCUGCAUCAAGCAGUAUGGAGUUUACGAAGGGAGGGAAGGCGAGGGUCAGUGGGUACGAUGCUUUGGGCUUUUUGGGACCAAGAUUCUCGUUUGAGGGUUCAUGAAUGUUAAGGCGAAUGUGUUCGGGUAUAUACGUACGGUGCAGUGCCCCUGGAGUUUCAAGACGGCCGAGAAUGGUGGUGGUGUUUGUAAUUAGCCAUGGAUAUACACCACUAAGGUCUUGUGAGGCUGUGAUGCGACUGUAAGCUGGCUCUUCCUCGCAUACACACAUACAAUAAUAGCACGGGCAACACUCGAACUGUGAGGUCAGCGAAGCAGAAUAGCCAGCGAA